AUGUUUUCAAUUUUUACUUUUUUCGCAUUUUCUUUUAUAGUACAAUAUACUUAUUGUGAACGAAGAAUUGUUAACGGCACCAGAGCACUUGGUGAACCAAAAUUUUUGGCAUAUUUUAUAAAAGCACCACAUUCACCAAAGAACUACGUGGGAUGGAUCUGCGGUGGAGCCAUAAUUCAUCCAUUGUACAUACUAACGUCAGCUGUAUGUAUCGACGACGUGAGACACGUGUUCGCCAUCGUUGGCUACAAUAAGUAUGUGAAAACCGAAGACAUGGACAAGGAUGACUGUACCAAACGUACUAAGAAGAGGAUUGUCGCUAGGGCUUAUCAAAAAGAUAUAAAUAGAACACCGAGUCAAAAAAAUUGGAAUUCAAGAGACAUAAGCUUGGCGAAAGUGGAGUCACCGUAUAACUUCAGAGACCCAGUCUAUACGCAGCAUUGCUCAUACAUGCCAGGAUCGAUCAAAGUUAACUUCAACCGAGACUUUGAAAUGCCAGGAACUGAAGUCAUCACUUAUGGAUGGGGACAUAAAAAUUUUAUUCGACAGGAAGGAGACCUUAAAGAUCAUAAUGCAAAAUUCGUGAACUACGCCUCAACAGUAGUUAUUGACAAGGAGUUAUGUAAAAAGAUGCUAGUUGGACAUUCCGAUAUACAACUAAACGUUCAGUAUUUCCUCAUCUGUACUGCUGGAGAAGGUGCCUUAGAUGAGGGAGGAAAGAUGAAUAAUGGUCCAGUUACUCCAAAGACCUUCAAUGGCAGCACCCCUGGAAUUUAUCAGAGUGUAUUGUCACGUGAUAAUUUAGUUAAACAUAAAACGAACCACACCGACUUCACGAACUUGAGAAGACAUGGACCUUGCCAGAAUGAUCACGGCGGCCCCCUCGUCACUUGGAUUGGGGGUCGAGAGUACGUCAUUGGCAUCGCUAGUGGUUUCCAAGUCAAUAAGAAAAUGCAAUGCGUUGCUCCUUACCUCUAUACAAGUACUUUUAGCAAUGGGGAAUUUAUUUAUUGUUUGUUAAGAAACACCCGACGUUCAACACCAUGUGAUGUCCAACCAGGACGAAAAGGCUAUGAGAUUGUUGAAGAAAAAAUUAAUUGGAACAUAAAUAUUGCCAGAAGUACCCAUUUAGAAGAUAUGACUCCUGUGGUAGAUAACACUAAAGUGAACAAAUCCAACAAAACUUCGGAACCUUGGAAAGACGCCGGUUACUUCUUGCAAUUACGAUCUACGAACCAUUCCGAUGACAAACCAUAA